AUGGAUUCUAUCACCGCCUCUAAGUCUAGGUUAGAGUUUUCAAAAAUUUGUGUUGAAGUUGGCCUGUCUGAAGCUAUUCCUAAGUUAGUUGAUGUUGUUCUUAACAACGGUAAAACAGUCUCGAUAGUUGUCGAAGUACCGUGGAUGCCUUCUUGCUGCAAAUACUGCAAUGUGUUUGGACACAGUGUUAAAGGAUGUAAGCAAAAUCCUAUUCCUCAAACCUCAAGAAUGGAUUUUAAAGGUGGGAACCAUUCUUCCUUAGAGUCAUAUCAUUCUGUUAACGACUCUGAUGCUUCGACUGAACCCAUUCAACAAGUCUCUACUACGGUUAAUGAUCAAGAAACUUCUACUGAUCCUAAUGAAGAAGAGAACUCCAUAAUUCCAUAUCAGCUAGGUAAUUCUGCUGAUACAAUUUCUACUCCUACUCUCCUUAUUAAAAAGAAUAGAGGAAGGCAUAAUAAAGCUCACGAUGUAUUAACAGGGUCCAGUAAUCGUUUUGAGCUACUAAACACGAUUAAUGAGACUCUCCCUACCUCAGAGAAUCAAGGGAAAAAAGUAAGAGCAGCUACUUCUGGUGUUGCUGUUUUGAUUAAAGAACUCAAAAUAAAAAAGAAGUCUCAUCUUGAUAAAUCUAAGGGUUCUUCAGUAGGAAGUCAAGGAGGGGAACCGAGUUCCUCAUCCCAAGGAAAAUGA